GUGGUUAGCGUGUUCUUUUGGUUCUUUUGGCUGUUUGCUUUACGAUGGUGGACACAAAAGUCCAAACUCCUCAGAAGAAGGCUGCAGCUACUCCAGCUGUAGCUGCUUCAGCUGCAGCUGCUCCAGCUACAGCCAAACAAGGUGCAAAGAGCAAGGGAAAGCCUGCAAGAGGAAAGCCAAGGAAUUAUGACUUAGGAAAUGGUGUUUACAGAUUUAGUCGUACUCGCAUGUUCCACAAAAAGGCUAUCUAUAAAUUUCUUGAGAAGAAAACUCCAAAAAAGGUCAAGCCCAAGAAACCAUUGACUGUCGAAAAGCAAAUUGGUGGCGACAAGAAUGGAGAGAAGCGUAUUGUACUUUUGAAGAAAAGACGCGCAAAUUAUCCUACUGCUGAUCGAGUUACUGUGCAUCACGCUAAAAAGUGUUUCCAUGAACAUCGGCGUUAUUUGAGACCUACUCUGACACCAGGAACAAUCUGUAUUCUUUUGGCUGGUCCUCAUAAAGGAAAGAGAGUGGUCUUCUUGAAACAAUUAAAGAGUGGCUUGCUUUUGAUUACUGGACCAUUCCUGAUCAAUGCCUGUCCUUUGCGAAGAGUUAGUCAAAAUUACGUGAUCGCUACCUCUACGAAAUUGAGUGUCAAAGGCGUCAAAUUACCUGAUCACAUUAAUGAUGAUUAUUUCAAAAGAAAACGUGACAAGCGCGCCAAGAAAGAAGAAGGUGACAUCUUCAGUAAAAAGAAGGAAGAAUAUAAAGCGAGCGAUCAGAGAAAGACUGACCAGAAAAUAGUUGACAAAAUGGUGAUUGAUGCUAUUAAGAAACAUUCAGAUAAGAAGUUGCUGUUCACAUAUCUGUCGGCAAUGUUUGGAUUACGAAGCAGUCAGUAUCCACACAGAAUGAAAUUUUAAUUCUCUGUGCUUAUAAUUCGAAUUUUCCAAGGAAAUAAAUACAAAAUUAUAAAUCUA